AACCUGCUCGAUGAGCUUCCUGAGCUCACAGACGAUCUGGAUCCUCACGUUCCCUGGAUGAGCACUGCGCUCGGAAAGUUACCGGAUGCUGUCAACUUCUGGCUCGGCGAGGAGAGCGCCGUCACGUCCAUGCACAAAGACCACUAUGAGAACCUGUACUGUGUGAUCUCUGGAGAGAAGACCUUCAUCCUGCUCCCGCCUACAGACCGCCCCUUCAUCCCCUAUGGUGUGUAUCAGCCGGCGGUCUACAGUCAGAGAGGGGACGGUGAGUUCGAGGUCGUGGAUCAGCCUGACUCUGAGAAGGUCCCGUGGAUCCCUCUGGACCCUCUGGACCCCGACCUGGACCGGUUCCCUCAGUACAGCAGAGCUCGUCCGCUGUGCUGCAGCGUGAAGGCCGGGGAGAUGUUGUACCUGCCGUCUCUGUGGUUCCACCACGUCAGACAGUCACACGGCUGCAUCGCAGUGAACUUCUGGUACGACAUGGACUACGACAUCAAAUACAACUACUACCAGCUGCUGCAAUCGCUGUCCCAGCUCGCUGUCACAGAGUGACAUCACAGAGUGGCAUCACAGAGCGACAUGACAGAGCGACAUGACAGAGCGACAUGACAGAGCGACAUCACAGAGUGACAUCAGAGUGGGCGUGACGUCACAGAGAAACUUUGGAAAGCAGGAAACUGAAAUAAAGUUGUGUGGACUCGCA